CAUUACUAAAAAAAUCUAAACAUGGGAGCAGAUACUAGUCACGAAGAAGUCCAACCCUCUGCAGAAGCAGCUGUGGACAAAGAGACGAAGGAACAGAAGGCAAGGUUUUAUAGAAAGCAGUUGGCCCAGAUUGUUGAAGAGGUUGUGGAUAGGACUGGGGGGAGAAGAGUGAGUGUGAUUGGGGAGGAAGCUAGUGUGUGAGAUUUUAACUUUAAGAAGCUUAUUUUUACGUAUUCCUGGGAAGAGAAAUUUAAGAUUACUUGGGAAAUUCUUGAAGAAAAAUAUGUUGACCCUGAAGGUAAUAAAUUGUUCCCUUUAUACUAUGCCUUAAACACUCAACUAAAAAUGCAAAGCAUGAUAAACUUUGCUUUUAUGAAUAAGUCAUCCCACUUGAUCCUUAAAAUGAUCGAAGAACAUCCUCAAGAAAUGAUCAGUUAUAUAAGUAAAAAUAAAGAAUGGUCAAUGCUGCACGAUUUAGCUUCCAUCAAGACAAAGUUUUCAUCAGAUGACAAGAAACUUGCUAAAUGGGUAAUUCAAAACAUAGGAGAGUUCAAUAAGAAUUCAUUUAAACAGACGUUUCUUGAAACAGCCAUCAGCAACUUGUCUCCAAACUUUGAUUUCUUAGCUAAAGUGGCUUGGAUAAACAGAAAUAAAAUUUUAAUUGUAAGAGCAUUAAAAUAGGACUUCACUCCGAGAGAAUCUAUUCAGAAAUGUCAUAAAGCACUGCUAUGAAGAGAAACUUAUCAGCACCUAUUAUUACAAAAUAGCUAAAAGUAACAAGCAUAUCUACGAAAAAAAUGGCUCAAAAGGGCCCAAAAAGUUCCACUAUACCGAAUUCCUACUCGAAACGCACACUCAAUUCUAAAGAACCUAUCAAAAAUUUCAGCUAGCCCAAAUUAUCCUUCCUCUAAAAUUUAAAAAUAAAUUUA